AAGGGUUGAUGACUAAAGUGACAUUUAUGACUGUGGCGUUAUAGAACAGAUAAUUCGGGAAUUUUUUUCAAGACCUAAGCGUAAAUAGAUGCGGAAGGGGGUAAUGGUACCGUAGCCAUACACAUACUUUGGCUUUUCCCAUCGUCCCUCUUUCUGAAAAACAUUAUAUCACACGUAUCGCGGUUUAUUAGGAACUCAUCUCACUGCAUUCAUGUGACACGACAGAGGGACGUGUGCAAACAGGAAUCCUGUUGAUGGAAACAUGCGUGGUGAACGUGCUGCCAGCUGCUGUUAAGUCUCUGCGAUAAAGAGAUAACAACCUUGAGUUCCGUGGUACAAAAGUCCUCUUAGUAAAGGAGACAUUCUGGAUUACUGGCGCUUUAUUUUUUCGACAACCACAAGUGUUCUCUCAGUACGAGGCAAUUAGGCAAUUAGGUGUGACUACGUGUCCACAUUCAUCCGUCUGAAAACAUGUUGAUGGCAGCAGUUGAGUGACAGUAGUGGAGGCGGGUGUGACCAUUUCCUGCUUAUCAGAAUGUACAUACUGUACAGAAAGAAUGACGUCACCAGUCCUUUGAGAGAACUGCAUGACAGGUGUAAAGAAAGCAUCCACAAGCCCAUUGUGUAAAUGUGGUCUAAGGUUUCUCUCUACAUCAUGUUUUUAGCCUUAUGGGGACAUUGUUGUUUUUGUGCCUCAAGCUGAGUAACUAGUUCAUAGGGAUGUAAUGGAAGUUUUCACACCCCUUUCAACCCUUUUUUAGUCUUUGGUUAUUUUUGUCGUUAAGUAUUCAUUCACACGGUAUAAUGGCAAGAGAUUAAGUGUAUUGUAAAACUAACUGGCAAGGGCUUGAUCUCUUACUCAUAAGCAUUGCGUUUGAAUGCCAGGUAUGGGGUCGACGCCCAGAUAUGUGAUAUGUUUUUGGUGUCAGGAAGUUCCUUGUUAAACAUACUUGGCAGCAAAGAUAAGUUGGUUAAAGCAACCAACAGAGGACCCGUGCAUAAAUGCUCAUAUUCUAACCAGUGCUUUCAGCUUCUAUUACAAAAGAAAGGGAACAAAACUCAUAUGGGGGUUUGUAGUCUAAUGGGAUCAUGGAUAUGAUGCAGCUGGGAGAGUCCUAACGUAUGUAUUUGGGUCACAGCAUUCUUUUGCCCCAACCCGGCAGCAACCUUGUCAUAUGACACCCAACCCGUGAUGCCCUACGCAACUACUUUCCAACACAAAACUGGGCGUCUGGGUCAACUAGUUCCACCUCUGGGGAAUGUGUUUGUGCAAGUGUUCUGUACUUUGCUCCGACCCGUGACUUUGAGUUUUUAUGGAAUGCCCCAGAGUGUUCUAGUUAAAGCAAUCUUUAAAGCAGGGCAUAAUCCUAGCUGAUUACUGUGGACGCCGACUCUAGUAUCGCAUGAAAUAAGUGUCAAGUGGCUCGGGGCUAACAAAUUUAAUUCAAUUUAAAAGCAGGGUCAUUGGAGCCGUUUUGGGCAUCGGGACAUUCAGUUCCACGUCAACAGGUUUCACAAGAAACGCGUCACCAGUUUCAUAACAAUAGACGCCUGAUCCUUGUUCACAACGGCUGAAGAUGGAUCUUGUGAAGCACACGGGCGGCUGCCACUGUGGGGCUGUUAGAUUUGAAGUCACGAGUUCACCGGACCUCCAUGUUUUCCAGUGCAACUGCAGCAUUUGCACGAAGAAACAAAACAACCAUUUCAUCGUUCCAAAGAAUCUCUUCACACUCUUACAGGGGUCUGACAAUCUGACCACAUACACAUUUAACACUCGCAUUGCCAAGCACACCUUCUGUAAAACCUGUGGAGUUCAAAGCUUCUACACUCCACGCUCCAACCCCGAUGGUUACGGGGUUGCGCCGCACUGUCUGGAUCCCGGUACUGUGCGCAGCGUCACAGUGGAGAACUUUUGUGGUGAGAAAUGGGAGGAAAGCAUGGCGGCCCAUCAGAGCAUCAGAGACAUGUCCCAAAACCCGGCGGAGAGCAAAACAAAAUAACACCAACUUGAUGGGAGAAUCAAUCCUUUUUUAUGAAUCAACAGAAAUGCUUUAGAGUAUUUUUAACAUAUUGUAAAAAAAAAGCCUUAACUCAUUCAAGCCCUGGAGUUGUUUCUAUACAGUGUAAAGACAUUAAAGACGUUUCUGUAGCAAUAAACGCAAAAUCAUU